AAUAUUUUAUGUUAAGGAACUUGAAAAAUGUGCAACGUAGAUAAUAAAAAGUUUUCUACUGACGUGGUAGGUUGCAAUUGGACGUUAGUGAAUCGGCCACAUCCACGAUCAGUUGCGCCUAAAUGGAUGUUGAAUACUGAACUUUCGAACGUGAAAACAAAGAUAUUGUGUGAUUAUUAUUGUUUCAGAUUGAGCUGUUAAUUAAUUUAUAAUAAAAUGGUAUUAUUAACAAUGAUAGCAAGAAUAACAGAUGGGCUACCAUUGGCGGCUACCAUCCAGGAAGAUGAACAGAGCGAAAGAAGUACUUUGGAAUAUCAAAAUCAAGCGAAAAUGUUGUUUAGAAAAUUGGGUAUACAGUCACCUACAAGAUGUACUAUAGAAACUGGACCAUAUCUCUUUCAUUAUUUAAUUGAAAACGAGGUAUGUUACUUAGUAUUAUGUGAAAGAAAUUAUAGUAAACGAAUAGCUUACAGUUAUUUAGAAGAUAUAGCACAGGAAUUUCAUGCUCAGUAUGGUAAACGUCUCAAUACCGUUGCUAGGCCUUAUGCUUUUAUUGAAUUUGACACUUACAUUCAAAAAGCUAAAAAAGUGUUCUCAGAUGGUAGAUCACGUAGGAAUAUGAAUGCUCUUAACACCCAAUUACAAGAUGUUCAAAGGAUCAUGGUUCAAAAUAUUGAUGAUGUAUUACAAAGAGGAACGGUACUUUCAGAAUUGGAUACAAAAACGCAGAAUUUGUCAAUGUUGUCACAAAAGUAUAAGAAAGAUGCAACACAUUUAAAUAGCAAGUCUAUGUAUGUCAAAGCAGUUGCUAUUCUCGUCGUAUUUCUGGUCCUCCUGUUAUAUUUCUUUAUUCUUUAGUUGAUCACAAACUUGAAACAAUGGUUUAUCCAUAAACGAAGAUUGUUCCAAUCUAAAAAUUAGGAACACACUUUAUUAUGAGGGUUAAAAAAUGGGUUUGCGGCUACCAUCUUUGGAUUUUAUUUUUCAAAUAUAUAGAAAUUACACAAUCAGGCUACAUUGUUAUUAUCAAGUUUGUUAGCCUGUAUUUAUCAACACAAUGUUGUGUACUAUACAUUGAUUUUUAAUUUAAUAUUAAUAAAAUAAUAGAAAUUUUAAUAUAUAGAAAACACAAGAGAUGAUUUAACUUCGUUUUUAAUAUAUAUAUAAAUCAAUUUUCAAAGAGAUACAAUGUAUAAAUUAUCACUUUGUAAAUUCAUUAUUAGAAUUUCAAUUUAUGAAAAUUUAUUUUCAUCGCAUUUCCUAUAAUUUUGGAUUCUUAUCUUUAAGGUAUUUAUUAAUAAUUACAGUAUUUUUGGGUAAUGUACCAGGAAUUAAAUAUAUAUAAGUAUACAUAUUAAACUUGAUGGGAAAAGAAUCAAUCAAAUUGUGCCAGUUUACUGAAGAUAGUAUUUAUAAAAAAAAUAGUAGAAUUCGAUAACUAAAUUCUAGCCGUGCAUUUGCAUGAAUAAAUUAUUAGAGCAUAUAAA